AAUUUCGUCUAAGAGCAUCGAAUCGUGUGGUGCCGUUUCGUUUCUUUUUCUUUUCCGGCAAUUAGAAACGCGGUCAACGUUGUUCGUCUUCUGUCUUCACCAACCAAAGGCAAAUAGUCUCCCUCUGCUCCACAACCUUGGAACGAAGAAGCCACCUUUUCGCAUCUUCACAAGGAGUUUUGUUUCUGAUAUUCUUUUUCUUUUAUCCAAUUUUCUUUUUCUUUUUUCUUUUUCUUUUUUCUUUUUGUAAAAUUUACAUUCGAAUAUUCUUAAAAAAUCAAAGCAUAAGGCUAAAAAGGAAAAACAUGGUUCAAUUUCUAGGCACAGUUCGUGUAUCUCCUUGUUUAGCUAGUUUUGCAUCUCACAGACGCCAAUUCUCUUUCAAGAGCUCUUCAUUUUCACUUUUAAGAAAUGGGCUCUCUCCAUUUUCACCUUCCAAAAAUGGGUUUCCUCCGUUUAAGAGAAUUCUACGAGCUUGCUCUAUUUCAAAUACAAAUGGAAAUGCUGAUCCAGAGUUACCCACAGACCAAUCUGAAAUCAUAUUCAUGGGUACUGGAACAAGUGAAGGGAUUCCGCGUGUCAGCUGCCUUACCAAUCCACUAAAGAAAUGUCCGGUGUGCUCAAAAGCUGUGGAACCGGGUAAUAAGAAUAGAAGACUGAACACAGGCCUUCUUAUUCGUUAUGCUGGGCCUGCUGGAACACAGAACAUCCUCAUAGAUGCCGGCAAGUUUUUCUACCAUAGUGCACUUCGAUGGUUUCCAACAUUUGGGCUAAGAACAAUUGAUGCGGUUAUUAUUACCCAUUCUCAUGCUGAUGCAAUUGGAGGUCUGGAUGAUCUUCGGGAUUGGACAAACAAUGUCCAGCCUCACAUUCCAAUCUAUGUUGCAGAGCGGGAUUUUGAGGUAAUGAAGAAGACUCAUUAUUAUUUGGUGGAUACUAGUGUGAUUAUACCUGGUGCUGCUGUCUCAGAGCUACAAUUUAACAUCAUGCAUGAGGAGCCAUUUAUUGUUUGUGAUUUGAAGAUUACCCCCUUACCGGUGUGGCAUGGUCCUGGUUAUCGAUCCCUUGGUUUUCGCUUUGGUAAGAUAUGCUACAUCAGUGAUGUAAGUGACAUACCUGAAGAAACAUAUCCACUACUUAAGGACUGUGAGAUUCUGAUUUUGGAUGCUCUAAGGCCUGAUCGGUCGUCGUCUACGCAUUUUGGACUUCCAAGGGCCUUAGAUGAAGUGCGAAAGAUUCAACCAAAGAGAACACUUUUCACUGGCAUGAUGCACCUGAUGGAUCAUGAAAAGGUGAACGAAUAUCUUCUGAAACUGAUGGAGUCAGAAGGACUUGAUGUACAACUAAGCUACGAUGGGCUGCGUGUACCAGUAACACUCUAACAUCUGUCCUAUCUUUGUUCAUCUGCCCAUUCUUUUUAUCAACAAAAACAUAUAGAGUAUAUAUUUAUUUUCUUAAACUUCAAUUGUCAAUUGCUUUACAAUGAGCUUAUAUGAUAGGUCUACCAUGAGCUCAUGCAAGAUAGUUUCAUUUUGGGAAGUGAUAAUUUCCCCUGUAAUUCCUUGCGAGUAAAACACCAUCAUUUGCCAUUGGCGCCAUAGCCGGUGUUAAUGGGGUAGCCUAGAAUUAUAGAGAAGUUUUAUGAACCGAUUGUCUGGAAUAUUAGCGUGACCAAAUAAAUGAUCUAUUGAUUUAUUAAUGCUAAAUCUGAAAUAGGCUUGUGCA